AUGGCUUCAGAGACAAAGCUUGCGCUGAUCCCCUGGGAUGCCAAGUCUGAGACCCAUAGAAGAUGGCUCUAUAAGCAAAGAGUGCUAUGUAAUUGGGACUGGGAAAAGGUCGAGGGAGAAUGGAAAGAAAAACAAAUCAAAGGAGAGAAGUGCAUGUAUUGGAUUGUCCGCCAAUCUCAUGAUUCGGAAGGCAAAGACCCUCAGAGUGACGAGGGUGAAGAAGUGCUGCUUGACACAGCGGACUCAGUCAAUGGAGUCACACGGGAACCCUCGCAAGAGGUCUUUGUCCCCAUCGGUCAUAUUUCUCUGGAUUCCAAGAAUAAAGACGCAGAGAUGGUCGGCCUUGACAUCCCAUCGGAAAACGUCUUCUGGAUCAAAAGUUUUUUCAUUCUUCAAUCAAUGCAGGGCCAGGGUACUGGUCGAGCUGCUAUGGAUGCAGUGGAGAAAAUGGCGUCUCGAGAGCCACUCUGCGCUCAGUCGCUCAUGCUAGACACGGUGACGAGCAAAGAUCAGAUGAGAGAAGACUUUGCAAUGUCCACAUACGGUGCUAUCCCGAAGGUUGUUACAUGCACCCAUGAAAGUCAUUUUGAAAGCGUUGGUCAGUUAACUUAUGGGUACAGAUCGCAAAUCAAGAUUGGUAUGGCCGCCGGGGCUACGUACCGAUCAAGACUGUGCCGAACUAUUACGACGUGUGGGAUGCAAAUGGAGACCGGUGGGAUAUAG